AUGCCAGGCGUCGUCGAGGUGCCCGCGGUGCCGGCGGCGCCGCUGUUCAGACGCGAUUUCAGUGUUGGCCAACAGAAGGUGGAGCUAGAGAUUGACUUUGUGAACAAAAGUCUGAAAGGAAGCACCGAGAUCACCCUCUAUCCAAGCCGCGUGGACCUUCGAACGAUUCACUUGAACUUUCGCCAGGGUGAAAUCAAGCGCCUCACAGUUAACGGGAAAGCGACGACAUUGAAAUACACCGAUCCCUAUGAAAAUCUUCAUCUGUACGGGACCCAGUACCAUGAGCGCCUCACCCAGAAAAUCGAUGGUCUUCUGAAAACACCGCUAGACCCCCAGUUGGAGAUCCCGAUCCCAAAGAGUGUGCAUAUCAGAGAGUUGGACUCGCGAUCCGCGGAGGCACGAGAGCGCAUCGCCUUGCAAGGUGCUGGGGAAGAUGUCGAUGGACCGUCGGACAGCAAAGCACCGCAAAGUGAUCUACCUCAGUUUUCGGCCAUUGUCGUCCAUAUUGAAUUCGUCAUUGAUCGCGUUCGGGAUGGACUGCAGUUCGUUGGCGUCGAUAGCGGAGAUCGUCGGUAUCCGCAUGCAUUUACUACAAACUCACCAGAGUCAAGUGUUGGAUGCCCGCUGUUCCCUUGCGUGGAUGACCCGUCGUCGCGCUGUGCCUGGGAGAUCUCAAUCUCGUGCCCUGCAUCGCUGGGCGAUGUCUUUGAGCGGAAGAUCACCAGCUCCAGCUCUCGCUCAAAGGUCCAGAACCGAUACAUUUCCGCCGAUGAUGGGGCAUUGGACAUGUCUGUCGUGUGCUCCGGUGAGUUGACAGACGAUAUCACUGAUCCUAAAGACUCGACCAGGAAGACAGUAUCAUUCGCGUGCUACACCCCUCUUUCUGCCCAGCAGAUUGGCUUUGCGGUUGGACCCUUUGAGUAUGUCAACCUUGCAGACUUCCGCGAGAGUGAUCAGGAUGAACAGUUGGGACAGAAUGCGAUUCCAGUGCAUGCAUUCUGUCUUCCCGGUAGAGCUGAUGAAGUGCAAAACACCGGCUUUCCUAUGGCCCAAGCGAUCGAUUUCUUCUCAUUGUCCUAUGGUUCAUACCCUUUCUCCAGCUACAAAAUGUGCUUUGUGGACGAUGUCGCCACAGACACCUUGCCCACCGCAGGAAUGACAAUCUGCAGUAGCCAUCUUCUCUUCCCCGCUGACAUCAUCGACCCUAUGUACGACUCAACACGUGCUCUUGUACAUGCUCUGGCAUGCCAAUGGAGUGGUAUUAACAUCAUUCCUAAUGAGCCCGCGGACACAUGGGUUACUGUUGGUGUUGCAUGGUUUGUGACCGAUACAUUCAUGAAGAAGUUGUGCGGUACCAACGAAUAUCGUUAUCGACUCAAGCAGACAUCAGACAGAAUAUGCGAUUUGGACUACGAGCGCCCUUCGAUCUACGAUAUGGGCAAUUUUUUGAAAAUUGACCCAUCAGAAUAUCGAUUCAUUGCGCUGAAGGCACCCUUGGUGUUAUUUAUUCUUGACCGUCGGUUGACCAAGGCCAGUGGAAAGGCUACAAUGUCUCGCAUUAUCUCUCGGCUUUUCCUCAACUCACGCAUGGGUGACAUUCCUAAUGGUGCAGUAACGUCGCCCAUGUUUCAAAGGUUAUGUGAACGAUUUGGUCAUGCAAAGUUGGAUGUCUUCUUCCAACAGUGGGUGUAUGGUGCGGGAUGCCCAAGGUUUCAAGCCACGCAACGGUUCAACAAAAAGAAGCUGGUAGUUGAAAUGAUGAUCAGACAGGUUCAGUCUGAGCAAACAGCCGCCCGGGACCUUGAAAAGGAUGCCUUCCUGCGCGACGUCAAGGAAGAGAUUCGACAUGUCUAUGCUGGGCCGAUUCAGCCCGUUUUCACCGGAUCAAUGACCAUUCGAAUCCACGAGGCUGAUGGUACGCCAUAUGAGCACAUUGUCGAGAUCAAAGAAGGUGUCACAAAAUUCGAUAUUCCAUACAACACCAAGUACAAGCGACUCAAGCGGAACAAGAAGCAACGGGAGCGUGCAGUGGCCUCUGGGGACGCCGAGACGCAAGAAGAUGUCCUCUUGUACUGUCUUGGUGAUGUUCUACAAACAGAAGAGGAGACACAGGCCUGGCGGCUGGCUGACUGGACCAAAGAAGACGAAGAACGAAUGGGGCAAGAGUCGUAUGAGUGGAUUCGCAUGGAUGCAGAUUUCGAGUGGAUUUGCAGAUUGUCUCUCGGUAUGCCAGGUUACAUGUAUCUGUCGCAGCUUCAGCAAGACCGAGACGUCGUUGCCCAACUCGAGUCUCUUCAGUACAUGGCGGCCCAGCGAGAGCAUCCUCUGAUUUCAACCAUUUUCACACGCACACUCAUGGACAGCCGAUACUUCCACGGGAUUCGCGUCACCGCAGCAAAGGCACUCAUCAAACACGCCAAGGAUGAGGUGGAAUGGAUCGGAUUGCAUCAUCUGGAAACGGCAUUCCAGGAGCUUUUUUGCUUACCCGGAUCCCCGAUGACACGCUCGAAUGACUUUUCCGACCGGGCGGCCUACAUUCUUCAACAGGUGAUCCCCGAUGCGAUUUCGCAAGUACGUGACAACAGUGGCAAGACCCCUCUGCGGGUCAAGCGUUUUCUAUUCGACAAGCUCAAGUUCAACGACAAUUCGAAUAACGAGUAUUCGGACAACUUUUACGUAGCUUCUCUGAUGCGCUCGCUCUGUCAUGCAAUGCUAGGGAGAACCGAACCCCGACCCGAGGAUGAGUUGUCUCAUUUCGAUAUGGAACGUGUCAUCGAAGCUCAGGCCGAGGAACAGCUGGAAAAGGAUGCAAUCGCCGAGUUCGAUCGUUAUCGCCGUAUGGACGAAUGGUCCAGCUCUUUCCAGAACCUCUACGCUCGCGCAGCCUUGCAAUGCCAGGUGCAACUGAUGCAGGCCAACGUUCUGGAAGUUGAUCUGAUGCGCUUCGUUCCAUACACCCGUUCUGGAACUUAUGACCUCCUUCGCAUUCAGGCGUUUGAAUGUCUUGUUGAUCUUGACAUUGCCCAAAAUAAUGAUCUUUUCCGGUGGCUCAUCUUUACAAUGACGAGUGACUCCUCGGCCUAUGUUCGUCAUCACUGCCAACGGCUCUUCGGGCGGGCAUUGGCAAAGGUCGCAUUCGGCCGACCUGCACAGGCCGAACCGGCCCAGACUGGCGGCCUGAUCAUCGAGCAGGAAUCGACAACUGAGGUCCGCCAAGCCGAUCUUGCACGCCGACAAACGGUGCCUGGAGCUAUUGAAGCUCUGAAGAGGGAGAUGUCCACAGAGGCAUCGCUGCGUGAUUGCAUGUGGGCUGCGUGUAACUCCACCGCCAUCGGAGUGCACGAGCUCUCUGAGCUCACCGACGUGUGCAGCAUUCUAUUUGACCCCGUGACAUCCAAAAUCGCAAGGUUAAAAUACCCCCGAUUCUGGAAAGUCCAGCACAUGGGCCACGGUCAGCUUCGGUUCUACAGAUCCACCCAAGUCCGCACCAGUCUUGGACCGUCCAAGGACAGUGCCAAACGCAAGCGCGAGGAGCAAAGCAUGCAGCCCCCUGCUCCGCGUAUCACUUUCAAGCAAUCCAAGACGAGCGCCACCCCCAGCACUCCAUCCACUCCAUCAGCUUUCCCAAAGAUCUCCGUCCCGGCCAGCGUACCCCACGCCGCCACAAGUACACCAAUCUCGGCCACUCCCUCCACACCAGCAAGUGGCGGUGGGCUCAAGCUGAAGCUCAAGUUUGGGCAAAAGAAAUGA